AACUACGGAAAAUAGCAAAAGAACCAGACAUUGCUAUAUACAUAGACACAAUGUACUGGUUUGCAGCAGGAAAUUCAUGGGAAGAACUGUAUGAAACCACAAAAGACAACAAAGUACAACUAUUUUACUUAAAUGACAUACCAGAUACAGUAAUAUUAGGAAGCGGAAUAGAUCGAUAUGAGCAAAUAGAACAUGGACAAUUACCUGUAUCAGUAAUUGAACAUGUGAUAACACAAGGAAAAGAUAUCAUAAUAGAAACACCAAAUCCACGACAAUGGAAAAAAGAGAUUCUUAAUUUAAGAAAAAGAUUUAAGGA